AUGGAGAGAGUGCAGGAGGACCUGAUGGUUUUACUGGAGAUGGUUAACACCUUUUAUGAUAUGAGACCAAUUAGUUUGAGCAAUUUUGUGAACAAAAUCUUUUCUAGACUGAUUCAUGGGAGAUUGGUGUCAAAAUUAUCUGAUAUUAUAUCACUCAAUCGGUCUGGAUUUGUUAAAGAUGGAAGUAUUAUGGAGAAUAUACUGUUGACUCAAGAAAUUGUGUUUGAUAUAACGCUGAGGACAAAAGAUGCAAAUGUGAUAAUUAAGUUGGAUAUGGCAAAGGCUUGUGACAGGGUAUCUUGGUUGUUCUUAACUAAGCAGCAAGGUUUCUUCCAAUCUACCAGAGGAGUAAAGCAAGGGGACCCUCUUUCCCCUACUUUAUUUAUCCUAGCAGCUGAGGUCUUAUCUAGGAGCCUGAAUGCACUUCACCAGAAAGUCCAGUUUAAGGGUUUUGGUAUGCCUAAAUGGAGUCCAAAAGUAAAUCAUCUUGCCUAUGUUGAUGACAUGAUCAUCUUUACUUCAGCAGAUGUGGUAUCUUUGUAA